UUUGUUCAGAUGAUGAAGCUAAAGUUUGUUUUUAAAGAGCAGCGAUCCAGAAGAUUCACGCCAUGUUUUGACUUUGCCUUGUUUUUAGAUUUACACUUUUAUUUGUCUCUAUGAGUUUGUGAGAUUAAAAAAUGAAGAUUGAUCUCAAACUUUUUGUGAUUCCUGCAGCAAAAAAAGACUAAAUGUGUUACUUAGAAUUGAGUUGAUGGACAGUUUCAGGUUAAUUGUUGGUAAUAUGAUCAAAAAUAUAUUAGUAAGAAAAACAUGACACUUUUUCAUUUUAUAUUUAACUCCAAACGUUUCUACGACCGUCUGAAGACUCUCUGGAAGGACUCAGUGGCACAUUGAUCAUGAGGCAGAGUUUCAUAACUGAACACGGAAUUCUGGGAGUCUUUCACGUAUCAGAAUGGAGCUGUGAAAGAAAAAGUCUGGAGCGAGAUUCACCGGAUUUACACCGCUUUGACCUUUCACACCAAACCUCCUCCAACUGUCAGUGACGCACAUGCGCGAGAAAACAACAGCAGCAGAAGAAGAAGCCCCUCCCUGUUUGCCCAGUGUGAACACCCUGGGCUAAAGGCGCCGUCUUGAAGGUGCGUCACAUUCCCGCUUUGAACAGAGCUGAAGGAAAAGAGUUACAUGAAUAAAGAUUUUUUUUUUUUUUUCAUUUUAUGAAUCCUCGGGGGAAACUGGUGUUUGGCUCCAAAUAUUCAAAUGAUAUCUGAAUAACUUUAGAGCUGAAGGAAUUUGUCAUUUUAAGCCAGCGAUGAAACUUUUGAAACCUUUUUGGGGUUAAAAGAAAGCGCUUUGAUGUUUAUGUCAAUGAUGGAAUAAAAAGUGUUUCCAGAAAUCAUCCGGAUGCUUUGGUGAAGACUCAACUGCAGGCCGCGUCCCGGCAGCCAGCGGCUCCUUUUCCCGCCUCCCCGGCAGGCGGAGGUCCCGGGACGUAGCUUCGCUCCAGCAGCAGGUGGAGCAGGACGCACGCGGCAAAUGGGACGCAGCAGAGAACGUGAUGCAGGUGACUCUCGACAGGUGUGCGAGUGCGAGAGGGAGGAGGGCGUGGCUUGGAAGGUACCUGCAGCAGGUAGUUUCAGGUUUCCCACAGCCCUGCUCCGCCGCGCAGAGAUGAUUUCUUCUUGACUGAAGCGGAAAACUUGGCGGAACGGAAGUCCUCCUCCGGGAUUCUGGAGCUUCGGCUGCUCUCCUCCGGACCGAGCGGAAGUCCGUGAGUCACCUGAGUGAGUCCACUCGCAGGCCGCCUUGAUGUGAGGUGAGCAUGCCUGGAGAAGAGCCCGCCCCCUUUGACCAUGAUGGAGAUGCUCCUCCCACCAGUGAUGACCUUGAUUCUGAAGACGGUGGAAACGUGGAGCUCCUCCUGGAUCUUUCCCAGCAGCUUCUUCUGUUUGGAGAGAAACAAAUGAGGGGAAACCACAGCCAAGAUGGAGAUCUUCAAACAGGCGGACAGGUGGAGCGGAGGUGGAGGCUCUGGCAGGAGUUCAUGAACGAACAGGCCGAUCUGGAUGCUUGGCUGCGGUCCACAGAGCAGGCCGUCGCUGCUCUGAGCUCCGCCCACUUCACCCACGGUUCUGCCAAAGAGGAGCUGUGGAAGUUGGAGCGGCUGCGAACAGAGGCUGGAUCUUGGCUCAUCAAGUUGGACUGUUUGACCCAGAGAAACCGAACUUUGACCCGCCUGUUUCAGGGCACCAUGCAGGCCCGGCUGCUGGCUCUAGUUCGGGAAUGUGGCCAACGAUGGGAUGAAGUCAACGCCAAGCUUGAAUCCAUCCUAGGAAGACUAAAGCUCUUCAUUGCAGAGUGGGAGGAGUUUGAAGAACAGAGGGAGGGGCUUUCACUCUGGCUGGCAGACAUGGACGUCCGUCUGACAGACAUAGAUCAGCUCACAGGAAGCACUUGCAAAAAGUUAAAGCUGCUGCAGUCUUUCCAGGAGUGCGUGUGCGAGAACUCGGCUCGCGUGAACGCCCUGCUGUACCGGGGGGAGGCCUUGAUCCAGCGCAGCGACCCCGCGGACGCUCACCUGGUGGAGAGCAGCCUGCUGGAGCUGCUGGGCCUCUGCAGCCACGUCUACAGCAACAUCGGGCGAACACAUACCCGACUUCUCAGCAUGAGACUGGUGUUUGAGGAGGACUGGAUCCUGCCCCAGGCCUCAGACUCUGGAUGUCCCUCCGAGUCUCUGCUGGAGGAGGAAGGAGGACCGAGGAAACGGAGCCUGGAGCCCCCCCCACUUCAGGAGCCUCCUGCAGGUUUCAGACCGUCUGAUCAUCCAUCUUCAGACCGACCUCCCCCCCCUCCCUCUCCUCCCCCCCACACCAAUGAGCACGUGGGGCUGGAGUGGGACCCCUCAGUCGACAUCGGACGCUCGCUCUCCUGCGAUGACGCAGACUCUUCAUAUUUCAGUGCCGGCACAGGCCUUCAGAAACGAUGGAGCUACCUCAGUUCUUUGGACGCCUUCUCUGACAUCACCAACCAGGAAGCAGACGCGACCUCUGAAGAAUGGCCGGACCCCCCCAGCGUCCUGCCAGUUCCCGCCGAGCAGGAGGAGGCUCUGCACUGCCAGGACCCCUGGACCUCCACUCCUGACCGGAAAGAUUCCCAACCGCUCCGGUUCGGUGAUGGGCGGGUGAAGGCGUGGCUUCAAAUUCAAAGCUCCGCCCCUUCAGAGAUGCGUUCCAAAGCUGUGCAGACCAACGGGGACGAGGAGGCUUUGGAGCUGCAUCAUCACCUGGACGGCCGCCAGCAUCGCCAUGACAUCACGCAGCAACCAAACGACGUCCUCCUUCCUUCGUCGCCACGUGACUUGGAACCAAAAGCUUCCUCGCGUGACUGGAAGCUUCACGGUCUGUCAGGAGAUCAGGAGGAGGAGGAGGCGUUCUUUAGAGACGAAGCCGCGCGUCUCCUUCCUGAACUGAGGUGUUCUUCCAUGGCUCCCACGGUGGGGUCCCACAGCAGCUCCUCCUCGUCCUCGUCCUCGUCCUCCUCCUCCUCCCUGCUCUCCUCACGCCUCCUGUGGCUCCUCCUGGCCGCAGCCGUGGCUCUGCUGGGCGGCCUGGUCCUGAUCAGCAUGGAGGCGCCGUGCCACCACAGCAACAGGAUGCCUGGGACCUUCCACUUCACCCUCAGAUACGUCAACGGACCCCCGCCUACCUGAACUGGAGACAUUUGGGUCCAAAGGGUCAAAGGGGCAGAGAAACUGACCGGGGUCCAACACUUUUGAGGCUCACGUGUUUGCAGAGCACCAAAGCAGCUCUUCUUCUGGGAUUUCAACCUCCUUUUUAUUUUUAUUUAGAUCCAUGAGCUGCUUCUGAGAUUAAAGGAACGUAGAGGAUAAACGGGUCUGUCCGACACAAGCUGUCCAAAAGGAAACUUUUCCUCAGGAAAAAAGAUUUUAUUUAGCAAAAAUCCAAAUCAAAAGUGAACCGAGUAAAAGACGUAAACAUCAGCAGUGGGAUGGUCUUCAGUUUGUCACCAAUUUUUCAAACUUCUGUCCUCCGGGUUAAAAGAAAAACAGAAGUUUGACUUCCACAUCAGUUAAAUUAAAAAGCAAAAUAAAAGUUUAGUAUCAAACUGAAAUGAUCAAAGUCAGUCAGAUGUUAAGCUAACGGCUCAUUCUUUCAAAAGGCCCCUGAAGUCCUACAUUUCACUGGAUGGAUUUUUUUUUCCAAUAGAUUUUUUUACAUUUGACAUUUGUUUGUUUUCUGAAAUGUGUUGCAGCAGUUUAGCUUAGCUUAGCUUAGCUUAGCUUAGUUUAGUGGGGGACCGGUCUGUCCUGUGAAUGUUACUCAACAUUAAAAAGUCUCAGACCGUUUCAUACUUUUGAAUCCUUUUUUCCUCCAGUCAGUAUAUAAUAAUAAUAAUCCUGCUGAGCGUUUAGUGGAAGAAGAAGCGUGGCUUCCUCAGGCUGAUGCUUUGCCAGACUGAAAGCAUUUUCUUUUUUUUAUUUCAAAUCAGCAGGAGGAAGGAACUUCUAGAGUCGACUUUACUUUUUACUUUUUUUUCAGGAAACAAAAUCUCCAGAUUUUCUGUUGGUGGGUCUUUCAGGCCCGGGUUCUGGAUAAAGGACAGACGCGGUUUGUAAAAUCGAUGCAACCUCCUCAUAAAUAAGGACAGAAACUGAAAGGCGAUGUGGGAUUUUGUUGGUCAUUUCUGACUUUGUGUAACUAUUUUUCUUUUCAUUGUUGCUGAAGAACAUCUCUGUGAGUCUCUCUCCUCGUGGGGCUGAAGCUGUUCAGAAGGCAUCUUUGUCUUCAUCCUGAAGGUUUUGUGUU